AUGCGGUUCACCAACACCUCUUCAUACGCAACCAACAGGACACCAAGUAUAAAACUGACAUGGCUAUCGAUCCUCCUCGUCGCCACCACCAGCCUCUCCUCCCUCCUCACAGCCAGCGCUCAAUCAAAAGGACCCGGACCCCGAGCAGGUCACUGUAUAGUCGAACACAGUGGCGUGGUCUACAUCCUCGGCGGCACUCCACCCUCCUCAUCUGAAUACGCCAACUUCACAUCCCUCAAACUUCCCCAAAGCAACUGGCAGGCUGUUUCUCCGGAUACCUUCCCCUGGGUCGACUUGCCGGCUCCCCCUGUAUCCGUACAUAUCCCUGCUUUGACGAUGACCUAUGAUAACCUGAAGGCUACUCUUACGCCUUCUUGGACAGACUGCUUUGCGACGGAUGAUGGGCGAAUUGUGGUGGUUGGUGGCAGUGCACAGUUGUUGGUUUAUGAUAUUGGGUCCCAGCAGUGGAGUCAACCGGCUGCGAGUAUCAAAUUUGGCCCCUCGGUAUCGUCGGGUAUGUUCCAGGACCCUGUCUACAUCCAAUCCAGGAUUCUUGGGGAUGGGGUGACGGGUCUGGUGGUCUGCACUUUGAACUGGAACAGUCAGCCUCAGCCAUACUACCUCGACACCAAGACCUGGACGGUCACUCUUGCGAUCGGAACGUCGUUGACGACACCACCCUCGGUACCGGGUACGUCGAAUGGGUGGGGUGUUGUGCCUGGUGGGGGACCCCUGUUGCCACCGAACGGGUUUCGCCAUUUCUCGUUGGUUGUCAUGGGUAACACUGCCUAUAUCAUGGGCGGGUACUCGACCUUGUUGACGGGGCAGAUUUCUGACUGGAACAGUAUCACCAGCUUCCCCGUCCUGCAGGCACCUUCUUCGACGGUGGUAAUGUUUGGCAACGCCGGUACUCUAACCGUGACAACUCGCGGAUCUGUCGCAUAUCCAAUCUCCGACUCGACCAUCCACAUCCUCCCAGGAAACAGAGGUGGCAACAGCCAAAGCCUCCAACUCGUCCAGACCUUCGCCGCUAACCAGGUCACCGCCACCGCACUCGCAUUGGCCGAGGGUGGACCUCGGAAUAGUAUUUUCAGGGGAGCGACUUUGAUCGGGAGAGGCGGGAACCAGAUCUUCAUGCAUGGUGGACUCAAGUCGUUGGAUUUUAACGCUCCUGCUGCAGUGCCACCGCCCGAGUACUUUGAUAGCGGUGCGGCGGUCUGGAAUGGCGCCUCGCAGUCUUGGGGGGAUUCGCUAGUUAUCUAUGUCCCGCCGGCCAAGAGUAAAGGACUGAUGAUUGGGUUGAUUGUUGGAGGUGUGGUUCUGCUGGUGCUUAUUGGUCUCGGGAUCUGGUACUACAAGCGACGACAGAGGCGCAGGAUCUUGGAGGAGGAGGAGGAGCGGCAGGCCAAAGGAAUGGUGCUCAAGAACGAGGAUGUCCUGCAGAAGGAGCAUAAACCUAUCAGGAGCUUUGACGAGAGCAGCAGUGCACGGCCCACGCCUCCGAUUGCAUACUAUGUCGCCGCCCGUCCGGAUGGUGGAAGUGAGAUUGGUGGCACCUACCAGGCGAUGCAUCUGUCAAAUGGUCAAGGAUAUGCAGAGAUGUAUGCGACAGGACGUGGAGCCAGCUCUGAGGCUAUUCGUCGGAGCCCCUACCAGGAGUUUGGCCAAGUUACAACAGCCUAUGCACAACCAGAAUUGAUCGACGACGAUUUUGCGGUGCAGACGAUAGACUCGCCUCGGUGCCUCAACAGCCCUCAGGAUUACUCUUCACUGGGUUACGAUGCCAUGGACUCGACCACCAGCCCGACUCUCAUCAACAAUGAUGGACUCAUCUCGCGCGCUCCUUCCAAGUACCAAGCUGUCGUCAGUACCACAGGCCAUCCAGUCUUUGGUCACUCUGCCGACCAGAUCUCAAAUCGGGAGUACCACGACGGUACCACCAUCGCGACAGCUGGACCAGGACCAGGACCAGGACCAGUCGGAGGGUCAGCAGAUGUGGUAGUAACGUACCCAUACCGGACUACCACAACCGCCGACGGCAGCUCCUAUGUCCUCCCUAACCCAGCAGCCCAACGAAGCGAGCCCUACUUUGUCCGUCCUUACUCACAGACUUCGACUUCUAACCUGUCCCCGAGUCCGCUUCUGCCUCGAUCGCAACUAACACCUGUCAGCCCUUCCUUUUCGGCGACGUAUUCGAUGCCGGAGUCGUCUCAUGGUGGAAGCAGUAAUGAUGGUGGUGGAGUAACAGUGGUCGGUGGUAGUGUCAACCCUCUUUUGCCACCAAAUCAGUCCACCGGAGAAUUCCCCGCCUAUGCCCACCAACAGCAUCCUCCCGCCGUGAACAACCAAACUCAUCCUCCGUUUUAA